AUGAACACAGAAAUAUUUCCUCCUGAUCUAUCACUAUUGAUUAUUCAACAAAUCAUUUUAGAGUGUGUCAGAGGUGAUAGAUACAUGUUAUCAUUUCCCUUCCUUUUCAUCAACAAGAGUUGGAAUAGGUUAUUCAAUAAUGAAUCGUUUUGGCAACACCUAUGUUUAGCUAGAUGGACAAGUUUGUCAUUACUACCAGAAGAUUACACUCCCAACUCUACUUUGACCAAUUUAAAACCUGUCACCAAAUCAUCUUAUGGUGACUUUUUAAGUGAAUACAUGUUUGGAGCAGUUAUCAAAUACCCUCAGAUUCAAAAAUCGAUCAAUGGAUGGAAGGAUUUAUUUAUUUCAAGAUACAAUAGAACCUAUCAUCUUAGAAAACUACAGAGAUUUAAUUUGUCUGGACAAUGUAUGGAAUAUGAAAUCGAACAUGAAAAGAGUGUCACCAAACAAGUCCUAUUGGCCAAGAAAAUGAAAUCACUAGAUGAGAAAUACUUGGACAAGCAUAGAAAUGAUAUAGAUAUGUUAUUUAUUCUAGAGUCUGUAGAAUAUCAUUCAAUUGAACAAGUUGUCUCUCAAGAUGAUAGAAUGACAACGAUACAAGAAGAUGUUAUUGGAUCGGUCAUGACUCUUUUAGGAAAGAGAAUACUAUUCCAAUUUCGUAAUGGAAGAAAAUAUGGUCAUAGAGACUUUGAACAAGAUAAUGAUGAUGACAAAUUGACCAUUGGUUCUAUUGAAUGUCUUGACCAAUACAAUGAAAAAGAAAUUCCAGGAUUUUGGGAAAAGGUCAAAGUUGAAUUAGAGUGGAAGGGGUCUUUGGUUCAGAUUCAAAAGAUAAUGAGAGCAAUAUUGAAUGUAAGAACUUAUUUUAUGGAAAUUAAUCGCCACCAUUAUUUAGAGAGCUAUCCACUAACAGGUAAAAUGAAAUAUAAGAGUCCACCAUCCUUUGAUUCAGACUCUGAUUUGGAAAACUAA